CUCUGUUUCAUUAGAGAAGGGAAGCUAUUGAACAGUUGAAACUUUCGCCUGAACGUAGUUCCUUUUUAAUUGUUUGACUUUUAAAAAAAUAAAAUAAAACAUGGGAGUAUUUUUGUUCUUUGUCCUCUGCAGCUUGAUGGGUAGUGUUGCUUCUGAUAAAGGAAUUAUGUUAGAGCCAGACAGACCAUUCUUGAGGGUGAAGAUAUUUGAGAGAGCUGAACUCGAAUGCUGCUACAAAAAUGCAGUCAACAACGCUAUUUGGGUGAAGCGCCUUUCAUCUGGCCAAACUGAGCCGGUCAACCUAUCUGAAGAGGUGUUUCAAAAUUACAGCAAGUCAAAUGGCAAACAGUGUGGCUUCCUAACCCUGAAGAAUGUCAAGCUGAAUGACACUGGGAUGUACCAGUGCCAGUUUAACAACACUGAGGACUAUACGCACGGCACCUACUUGCAGGUCUUCAAGCCAAUCGAGAAGACAAUAAACCUCAGUGAGAGCACCAAAAACAAGAUCCUGACAGCUGAAGGAGUCUUGCUGCUGCUGUGUGUGGUUAUUCCUUCCGCCUCGCUUCUGUUCAAGUCAAAGAAACAAAACAGACUGGAAAUGAUAAAGAUGAAACAAGAAGAGGAGAACAUAUAUCAGGGGCUGAAUCUAGAAGAUUGCUGCACAACAUAUGAUCAGAUAGAACGCUCCCAGACACAAAGCCAGUACCAGGAUGUGUGCACUGCUGUGGAAGAAAGGGAAGAAAUCCUGGAGAAACCAUGAAUGAAAGCAGACGGAGGGGGAAAGCAGAGAAUCUAUUUCAGGAGCUGUGUGAAAUGUGGUUGGAUUAUGACACACAAUGGGUUUCUUCAUUGCAGCACAUUAAGUUUUGAACAUUGCAGCUACAUUUUUAGCUUUCUUAAACUUCCAUUGCCUAAUCACAUUUUUCCUUCUGGGAAUAAUUCGUAAAGCUGGUGUUGAAACAAUCUUAACACAACAUCUAUUCCAUCAAGAUUGCAGCAAGGAUUUUAUGGUACAAAAUGAUCAAUAAUUGUUUUGCAGAUAUUGUGUCUUUAAAAAUCAAUGUUGUGGAUUUUCUUUUUUCGUUUUUUUUAAGCUGUUUUAGAAUUAGACGUUUAAGCCUUUUAACAGUUUUGCUGUCAAAGUGUGAUCUACUCUGAGUUGCAGAUUUAUAUGACCUUAUUCAGCUAUUCGCUUGUAUAAUUUUUAUUCAAGCCUUAAUGAUUUUUCUUAUGGUUUCCUGCAUAUUCUGGAUAAAUUAAUGUUAAAAACAAAUAAAGAAAUGCGUCAAAAUUUCAUGAAAA